AUGGCAGCUCCCACUCAGCUUGCUUACCGUACGGUCAAGGGCGUUGGCAUCUUGGAUGCGGCCCCAGUUUAUGAACCUUUGUCGGGGUUCGAAAGACCCGAAGGAAACCUUCGCUGUAGCGCUUACUCUCCCUGCGGCCGGUAUUUCGCAUGGGCAUCCCCAGAGAAGGUCACCAUCGUCGAUCCCUCUGUCGGACAUGUGGUCUCGACCAUCGCUGCUGAUAACGUUUUCGAGCUGGGAUUCUCGCCCCUCGGAACCUACCUGAUCACCUGGCAACGCUCUUCCAAGGAUGCCAACGGCGAUGCGGUCAAGAACCUGAAGGUCUGGCAGGUCGUGCAGUCGUCCGAGAACGGCGAUGUGGACACGCCUGUGGGCAAGUUCGUCCAGAAGUCGCAGACGGGCUGGAACCUUCAAUACACCUCCGACGAGCGUUACUGUGCCCGGGUCGUUACCAACGAAGUCCAGUUCUACCAGAGCGAGAAUCUGUCUCAGGUCUGGAACAAGUUGCGUGUGGAGGGGGUUGCGGACUUUGCGGUCGCUCCUGGCAAGAACCACUCUGUGGCCGUCUUCAUUCCUGAGCGCAAGGGACAACCCGCUGCUGUCAAGGUCUUUUUGGUGCCUCAGUUUGGAGCCCCCGUCUCGCAGAAGACCUUCUUCAAGGGCGACAAGGUCCAGCUGAAGUGGAACGAGCAGGGUACCACCCUGAUCGUACUCGCGCAGACGGACGUGGAUCGGUCGGGCAAGAGUUACUAUGGCGAGACCACUCUCUACCUGCUCAGUGCUGGUGGUGGCUUCGACUCUCGUGUGGACUUGGAUAAGGAGGGACCUAUUCACGAUGUGACCUGGUCUCCCAACUCCAAGGAGUUCGGUGUGGUGUACGGCUACAUGCCCGCGAAGACCACCAUCUUCAACUUCCGUGGUGUGCCCAAGCACACCUUCGCUCUGGCCCCUCGCAACACCAUCCUCUUCUCGCCUCACGGACGAUUCGUGCUGGUGGCUGGUUUCGGUAACUUGGCCGGUCAGAUGGACAUCUACGACAUGGACAAGAACUUCCACAAGAUCGCCACCGUCGAAGCCUCCAACGCCAGUGUCUGCAACUGGUCCCCCGACGGUCAGUAUAUCCUGACGGCCACCACCAGCCCUCGCCUCAGAGUCGACAAUGGCAUCCGUAUCUGGCAUGUCAGCGGUGCUUUGAUGUACAACGAGGACAUGAACGAGCUCUACGAUGUGUGCUGGCGCCCCCAGUCGCUGAUCCAGCACCCCCUCGGCGAUCCGUUCAGCCCGCUUCCGACCCCCCACCCCUCCGCCGUGGCGUACCUGAGCACCAAGAAGGCUCCGGUCAAGCCGGCCGGUGCGUACCGGCCUCCCGGUGCCCGCGGCCAGCUCACCCCUCUCGCCUUCAAGCGUGAGGAUCAGGGCGGCGCGGUCUUUGUCCGGGAUGGUGCCAGCGGCGGUGCCACCGUUCACACCACGAACGGAUUUGGCCGGACGCGCAGACGUGAGGUGCCGGGUGCCGAGCCGGCCGAGGAAUUCCUUCCUCCGGGAGCCGCUCCUGGAGGUGGAGUCGCUCUGCCCCCUGGUGCCGACCAGCCGGAGAAGCUGUCCAAGUCCGCUGCGCGCAACAAGAAGAAGCGUGAAGCCAAGAAGCAGAAGGAUGGUGAGGACGAGCCGAGCCCGGACCGCCGCGGCGAGAAGGGUGACAACCGUUCCAAGGGCCAGAAUGAGCGCAAGAACGGCGGCCAGGCCAAUGGAGCUCAGGCACCCAAGGCCAAUGCCAAUGCCAAUGCCAACAACGCUGCUGCUGCCGCUGCUGCUGCCGCCGCCGCCGCAGCAGCCGACGCGAGCGGUGCUCACUCCGCGCAGGACAAGAAGAUUCGCGGUCUUUUGAAGAAGAUCCGCGCGAUCGACGAGCUGAAAAUGCGCCUUGCCGGUGGAGAGAAGCUCGAGGAUACGCAGAUGAAGAAGAUCCAGACUGAAGAGUCGGUGCGCAAGGAGCUCGAAGGUCUGGGCUACAAUGGAUAG